CCUUCGGCCCAGCCAGUCCCAGAAAUCAAUACAAAAAGCAACGGCGAGUAUAUAUUCGAAGAAGUGGAACAUGCUGCCAUGUCCCCUCGAAAUGACAACCUCGACGAAGAGGCGGUAGAACCGGAGUUUCAUGCCCGCACUUGGAUUGCUCUGGCAGCCUUUUUCUUGUUGAACUAUACUCAGGUUGUGGCUCUACAGGGUCCUUCUGCUGUUCUUAAUUACAUUGGAACAGACCUCCACAACACCAAAAGUCAAAGUUGGGUAGUGGUUGUUCUUUCACUUGUCCAGGGAACCCUGGGACCAAUCAUUUCCACAGCUUCAGACAUAUUUCAAGCGCGUAAGCUGCUGCUUGUUUGCUGCUGUGCCAUAUCCUUUGUCGGUGCCUGCAUUGCCCCCGGCUCCAGCAGUAUUUAUCGACUUAUCGUUGCCAAUAUCCUUAUCGGCGUUGGCUUUGCAUCUGUGCCUUUAGCUUAUGCUGUCCCCAGCGAGAUUCUUCCUCGGAGAUGGCGUCCAUUGGCGCAAGCAGGGGUCAACAUGGCUGCUCUUCUUGCUACUGUUUCUGGCCCUUUGGCGGCUGGUGCUCUGACGAAACGUAACGCUCAUACUGGUUGGCGCUUAUUCUUCUGGUUCCAGGCUGCCCUGUGGGGCGCCACCACUAUUGCGAUCUUUGUUGGCUACCAUCCACCUAAGCGACAUACAGAACUGGACCACCUAUCUUUCUGGCGCAAGAUAAGCAAUAUCGAUCUAAUAGGAUGCGGGCUUCUAACUGCUGGAUUGGCCCUCUUUACCACAGGUACCAGUCUCGGGGGUGGUUUGUAUAGUUGGACAAAUGCACGCACCUUGUCAACCAUGAUAAUUGGGAUCUUUAUGCUUAUCGUUUUCGGAGUCUACGAGUGGAAGGGUACAAAUACUGGCAUCCUAAAUCAUGAUCUAUUCCGCGGGGGGCGUAACAGGGGCCGAACUUUCGCUAUUUGUGUUGCAUUACUUUUUAUGGAAGCUAUCAUGAUCUUCGGCUUCGGGCUUUUCUACCCAAUCCUGACACAAAUCCUAUUCACAACAGAUCCAUUCCUGGUUGUCGCUCGAUCACAAGCAUGCUGGAUUCCAGCAAUUUUCUCCACUGUUGUCUGGGGAUAUACCUCUACUCGCUUUCGCACCAUUCGAGAGCCUUUGUUCCUUGGAUUUAUUUUCUUUACAGGUGGCUUGAUUGGACUUUCAACAAUUCAACCAGGCCAGCCAGUCAAUGCUAUCGCCUUUUCCUGUCUCAUGGGAAUCGGAUUUGGAGCACCGCUGAUUCUCGUGGUUACUGGUGUUCAACUGUCCACACCACACAAGUUGAUCGCCACGGCCACGGCCUGUACAACCUCAUCACGCGCCGUUGCUGGUGCCAUAUUCUCGGUGAUUAAUACAGCUGCCUUCAAUACUCGCUUGAAGAAAUUCUUACCAGAAUAUGUCGCGAGGGCUGCAUCAGCUGCCGGGCUACCUUCCGCCUCUAUUCCAGAUUUUAUCGAAGCAUUGAGCGAAGGUGACACUGAGGCAUUAGGUAAAGUUGCAGGAGUUACUCCUACAGCCAUUUCCCAAGGAGCGCUUGCCUUGCAGCAAGCAUAUGCUGACUCCAUUCGGGUCGUCUUCAUUAUUGCUGCUACUUUCGGCGUGCUUGCCUGUAUUGCCUGCUGGUUCUUGGGUGACUUGAGAGAGACAAUGAACUACCAUGUCGAUGCGCCGAUCGAGGUUGCGGAUGAAAAAGGUGAUAAUCAUACAUGUACUGCGUGA